AUGACAGCAUAUGGUGCAGAGCUGGGAGCCCCAACUGAACCAGAGCAUCCGGAGAUUCCAUAUCCAGAGCAGCCAGAAGAGCCACAACAGGUUCAGAUACCAGCUGACAUGAGAGCACCUGCCCCUGCAGUGCUCUCUAUAGAGCCUAUACCUGAGGUUGCACCCUCUGCUCCUCCUGCCGCACCACGGACUCCCCCUGUUAUUCCAUCUAUAUCAGAGCCCCCUCCUUCAUUUGAGCCUAGGAUCGCCAUAUCCAUUUCCAAGUACAGAGGAGCAGAUUAUCGCCACUCAGACCCAGCAUACUACCAUCUUGAGGCAGAUUCAACACCAUCUGGGUAUUCUAUUGAUUCCUAA